AUGCUGUCGUACUAUUUCAGCAUUAUCGGCACCAAGGAUAAUCCCUUGUAUGAACUUGAAUUCUCUUCGUUCAAAUCGUCAUCUCCAACACCAGGACAGUCGCAAUUCAGUGCCAGUGUCAAGGAGAUUCUUCCCUUUGUGACACACUCAGCAUUGGAUAUAGUUGAAGAUGCGACAUGGUCCACCAAUCAGUUCAGCUUGGGCAGAAUCGACUCGUUCUACGGACUCGUGAUCAAUGCAUUUAUCACACAGGGUAAUAUCAAGUUUUUAUUGUGCUACGAUACUAACACCUCCGCCCCAGGUGGUGGUAGUGGCAGCGGUGUGGGCGGCGUUGGUGGCAGUGGCAGCGGUGCAGGUAUAGUGCCGGGACCAGGCAGUGGAGCCUCUUCACACGCGCUAUCUUCUUCGUCCUCGUCCAUAUCGGGCUCGAAGAAUGACGAUAACUCCAUUAAGCAAUUCUUCAUGGAGGUGAAUGACUUGUAUGUAAAGUGCCUCUUGAACCCGUUAUAUGCGGUGAACGAUGCAAUUAUAUCCCCAGACUUUGAUCUCAAGGUGAAAGUACUGGCAAAGAAAUAUUUGUAG